UGUGCGACAGGCCUCAGUGUACAUUACAGUAACAGUGCAGUGCUGCAGGUAAGAGCUGGAGAUGGGUGAGUCGCUGCAGAGGAUGCAUGGUAUUAAAGUCUUUAAGCAAUAACUUACAGACUUGACCAACGCAGUAAAAGAGCAUCAGCACCUUCCUGCAGCAGGGAUCACCUCGUCCGGAAGAACACGUCCUCGAUCGAUCCCUGCAAACGUCAUGACUUCCAGGAGGACAGGCUACACUGGCAGCAUGGACUCAUCUCCGGCGAACAGCGGCUCAGUCCACAGUGGAAACCGUAAACAGAGUAUCAUCAACAUCCCCGACAGGCCCGGACCGGAGUCGUGUUACGAGCGGAAAGCAGACAAGGCUGGAUACGGAGCUUCGCACGGAGGCGUGACGGUAACGUCCCUGAAAUCCCGUCUCGCACCGACUAUCCAGACUGCCAUGUCCGCCGCGGUCGAUACCCUCCUGGGCGAAGUGGUGCUGGUGCUCAAUGAGACACAGCAAGAGCUGCUGCACAAGGAAGAGGAGAAUGAAAGACUCAAAGUGCGCCUUGAAGUGUCCGAGAGGGAGUUGAAGACUUUGCAGGAGUGCCUGUGUAGCGCCCAGAAGCUCAUAGACCAGCUGCAGGUUUCAUACACAGGCCCUCAGACCAUUAGUCAGUCAGUCUUUGCCCCAUCGCUGUCUUCCAUGGCUUCAAUGACUGCAGGCUUGGACAGGGACCACCAGAACCCUCGAAAUGUGAACGGAGCAGGUGUUGACUUGGGUCUCGGUGGAUCUGUGGAUGAAUCACUUCAUGGGUUUGAGCCAAGAGAUGAUUACAAAAUGUGCCAGCUUUCAAUCCAACCAGAUGGCUCAGUGACUAACCACGCUCUGGACUCCUUUGCAUCCAACACCUCUCAUAUGUGCUCCGAUACCAGCAGACCAGAUGAGAGGUCGUCUCAGGGACCAGGUGGAGCAUCCAGGUUUGAGAUUAAAGAGGAGCAAGGACCAGCUUCAGGCUCCGGUCAGUCCGGCAGGAAGGAGCCUGGGAUGCGAAAUGACAAUAGAGAUGCAGAGGGAUCGUCCCACAGCGUGGGUGACCUCGGCUACGUUCAAGUCGGAGGGGACGGAGGUUCCCAGCGUUCCUUUACUCACCCUCUGCGUCACCAAAGACCCGUGCGAGAAUGCACCAGUGCCUUGCAACAGGGCGGACUUGAUGGACAAAAAUCGUUGGUUAGGACUUCUGGAGCCGGGAGAGGGGACAGCGUUUCACCAGGCCGAGUGGAGGACUCGGCAGGACCUUCUGCCUCAGACCCAGUAGGGGAGCCCUCUGGAGAUCGGCCCCACCACUGCUUGGAGUGCGGAAAGACCUUCCGCCUGAUCUCCAGCCUGAAGAAGCACAUUCGCAUCCACACCGGAGAGAAGCCAUACCCGUGCGCGGUCUGUGGCCGCCGUUUCCGUGAGUCGGGCGCUCUUAAGACCCACCUGCGCAUACACACGGGUGAGAAACCGUACUCUUGUUCUGAGUGUGGAAACUGCUUCCGCCACUUGGACGGUUUGCGCAAACACCGACGCACACACACGGGGGAGAAACCAUACGUGUGCGCCAUCUGCGGGAAGCGCCUGAGCCGCCUGCAGCACCUCAAACACCACCAGCUCAUCCACACCGGAGAGAGACCGUGCUGCUGCCCCUUCUGCAACCGCAGCUUCAAGGAGCCCGCGGCACUGCGGAAGCACAUCCGCACGCACCGGGAGGAAGGCGGUCACAUGGGAAUCGGUGCCAGUGAUGACACGGACCCAGACGCCAUGGAUGACAUUAACAACCUUCAUCCAGCGGCUCCGUCCCCGCAGAUGAGGUUUGGGGAGUGGGGGGCAGAGGAGGAUGACAGCUCAGUUGUGGACUGUGUGUAAGGAUGGUUAAAGGGGUAACUGUCUGUCGGUGUUCUUACCAGAAAUAUAUACUACAGGUGAAGAAAAUGAAAUGUUUGUGUAGUUAGUAAACAUGAUGGAUCAUCUCUGUUCCAUGCCGUUGAAGUGAAGAGUCCGGCUACAUAUAACCCGAGCCUGGGGAGUUUUUUCGUCUGGUUCUGGCAUUUUCAUGUUUUACAUAUUUAGAUGUAAAAAUAACUUUUAAAAUACACACUGUACAUUCUUCAACGGCGACUAUUUUCUUAUCCGGACCUUCAUCAAGCAGCAGCAGUAGCGCACAGGUUGUUCUUGGCACAGGAUGUUUCUAGUUCAUCAGCUUCCCGGCAAUAAUUUGGGAAAUUCAUGGCAGAAAUGAACACACUUUAAAAAAAUGUACAAGUGCUUUGAGCACUCUUAUUCAUCAACUGAGGCGCUGCUGCUGCUGCCUUUCAAGGUAAUUCCCUUCUGGAUUUUUAGUCGGGACAAAGUGUUACGAUUCGGGUCACGAUUCUCUUUAAGUUGCACACAUUAGACAUGUUUUGAAUUGUUACUAAUUAGACGUGCUUUUUGCCAACACUAAGCUGCUCAGAUUGAUAGAAAUGUAUCCAUUUAGGGCUGGUUCAUGCUUCCUGUGCAGGCAGGCAGACAUACAAAACAAAAAAUUGGAUCACUUUCACUUUAAAGAGCGACUCCACCUGCGUUCUUUUCCUGGUUUUACAAAUGGAAACACCCACCCAGCCGUUAGCAAAAAGCAGUGACGUGGCUUAGAGCGCUGAGGCCCCACCGCCCCACCGCCCCACCCACCACCACUACCACCACCACCACCACCACACACAUAGUCCGCUGUAAGUUAGAGCAUUAAAAAUUGUCCAGAUAUACUACAAACGACAUUGCAGCGCUGAAUCUGAGUGUGUGAGAUGUUUACAAAUGGAGGGACAGACAGCUGGAGAGUAGGUAGGUAGGAGGGAGCAGAGCCUGAGCUUCGGGAUGAAUAACACCCGCGAGUCACAUCGGAUUCUGCUCUGAUGUGCUGUCGCUGCUGAUCAGGUGGGCAUAUCGGUUUAUAUGUAACGUCAUAACACAGAAACCUACGUCAGGUCACAUGGGGACAAACUUUUUAGAAGGGCUUGAGAAAAUAGCAUUUUGACACUAAAGCAUACGUAUUUCAACCAACGUUAGAAUUUUCUGAUUUGAAUACAUAUGCAACACUAAUGUGAAGCUACAGAAUAAUGUACCUGCCCUUUAAUGCUCCCUAAGACCAGGAAAGUUUAAAAUAUGGCGAUAAUAACCUGACAAUACCCGGCUCCUAUCAUGAUAUUGUUAUUAUAUUGAUAAAUCUCCCAACUCUACCUCAGUAUUCGUCCGUGUGUUACGGGUCUUAUAUUGUCUGCUAAUCCUGUUUGGAGGUGUUAACAGCGCUACACGAUAGGCAGUCAUUAAAAAAAAAAAAAAAAAAAGAAUUUGUCAGUUUACUUAUAGUCACCUGGUUUCUUAACCUAAUCAAUUAAGUUGAUUUAAUUGAAAAAUUAGAUAGUUUUUUCCAGUGAUUGUCACACUCAAGUGGAUGCAUUUACAUAGAAGGAUCUCUUACAAUACUAAUGAAGAACCAAAACGCUAAAAUAUAAUUUCUGAGUACAUUUACGCUGUCAUGUGUGUCUUCAUGAAGCAUGAACCAGUUUUUACGCUUCAGUCAGCAGAUCCUCGCUUCUGUCCUGUCCUCUCUCUCUCUCUCUCUCUCUCUCUCUCUCUCUCUCUCUCUCUCCCUCUCCCUCUCUCCUCUUCUUUUCAGUUACACAGCGAAGAUGUCGUCUUGUCAAGCUGAAGUCAUCAGUCAGCAACUUUCGAAUCAGUACACGCACUUAUUUGUUCACCGAAACAGAGUCAGAUGACAUCAACAUGCACCCAGAUCAGCAGCUUAAAUCCAGUUUUAGUAUCUCCUUAGUCGUAUUAUCGUCUCUAUCUUCUGGACCACAUCUUAGCAUUCCAUUUUUAUUUUCGUUCAAGCUGCUACUGUUUGUCUAGAAAGCCUUUUUUUUUCUGGACUUGUGUCGUUGUUACCAGCCAGUUACUAGCAAUUACUAGCGGACAGACUUCGGUGCUUGCAUGUGCAUAUCUGUUCUUCUGCUGGCAGCAAUGAUCCCUUUCCCACCCUGUCUGUUUCUGUAAAUAAGAAUGUAGUUUUAGCCAUUUUAUCCGGUUUAAUAAGGGUUAACAUUUGUGGAAAAGUUCAUGUGCAACAAUGCCAUUUAAAGAAAAGAAAAAAAAAAAAAAAAAAAAAGUAAUGUGCUUUAAAAACAUGAGUAUGCUAACAUACAAUGUAAAUAUAUAUAAUCUUAUUAAAUUUCUUCCUCAUGUUGUUCCUGAAUGAUCCGAUGUGACACGACUGAUGCAUCAGGGUAAACAGCAGAGCAUUAAUCUUCUCAGCCUUCUGAGCUAUACUGUAGGUCUCGUGUCCAUUUUUCUAUGUAUACUAUUAUAAUGGUCUCCAUGUAACUAUUCUAUGUACAUUUACGAGUGUAAGUCAUUUGGAAAGGAGCUCAAAAUGUUAAAUAUUUGUCACUGUAUACCCAGAAAACAACUUGCCAAGGUAGUCUUACCCCAGAUGAUCAUAUUUAUUGUUUUUUGUAUCACAUACGAGGGGGGCCUUUGCAUGUAGGUUUCAACUAAGAUGGCAUUCUUCUUUCAAAGUCGGUGUUAAAUGUGAAAUUAAUUACUUUUUUAUGCUUCUGUGUUCAAAAUAUACCCCCCCCACAUUGCAUUCAUCCUACUGUAAAUGUUACUAUAUUAAAGGGCCUUGUUUCUA